AUGUUGCACGGCUUGAUUUUAUCGGCGAUUCAUAACCAUCACAACAUGGCCGUCAUCAAAGCGUUUGUGGCCAAGCUUCUGAGGGAUUUCUCGUCACGGGAAUCAACCAGGAGGGUUUUGGAGAGGGCGUUCGAGACUAGUUUGAAGGUUGUGAAGGAUAGCUUGGAGGAGUAUACAAGCCCCGAUUUUAGAGGGGAUCAUAACGAGACAAAGAGGGAAUGGAGUGAGCAAGCUUCUUUUACGGCGGAUUUGCAGAGAGCGUUUAGGGAUGAUGCUUGGAGGAAUAUUGUUCCGGGAUUCCCUGCUGUUAUGCUUCGGUGUACUUGUAAGCUUGCCAAUGCGGUUGCUGCUGGAACUAUAUUGGCUGCUAGACAGGUUAGAAUAAAGCUUGUGAAAGAAUGGCUUCCCGUUCUGCUUGUGUGCAAAGACAAUGUCUCACCUAUGCUCCCCAGCCAUAAAACACUCUACCUGGAAAUGGAGGAGACAUUCCUGAGAAUCAUCUCGACACUGCCAAUGUCGGAUGCACAAGUAUUGUUGCAACAAUGUCUCAGCUUCUCAACCCGAAAUGUCGAAGAUUGCCCCCACUUGAUCACAGCUUUCGAUACAUGGUUUCGCAGGGCAACUCAACCUCCUCGAAUGGAAAAUCUCGAUUAGAAAUAACUGCAUUUGCGCUAUGGU